UCUGACCACAAUUGGUAUAUAAGAAAAUAUGCUUAUUAUUUAUGUCUAUCUAUCUCGCAAACAAGAUCAAGGGAAACAAAAUAUUUUUCUUUAGCAUUUCAAGUGUGGUUAUAAACUAAAAAAAAUGGCUGAAUCAAAGUUGAGCGGCGUGAAGGAUAAAAGAUGGUCAUUGGAGGGUAUGACUGCGUUAGUGACGGGAGGAACCCGAGGCAUUGGGUACGCAAUUGUGGAAGAGUUAGCAGAAUUUGGAGCAGCAGUGCAUAUAUGUUCGCGUAAUGAAGAAGAUAUUAACAAAUGUUUGGACGAGUGGAAAAACAAAGGAUUUAAUGUAACUGGAUCAGUAUGUGAUAUACUUAGUCAUGAACAACGCAAGACAUUAAUGGAAAAUGUUUCUUCCAUCUUUCACGGAAAGCUCAAUAUUCUAGUCAACAAUGCUGCGAAACCUUCAAUGAAGAAAAUUUUAGAUAAUACUGAUGAAGAUGUAACAAGUAUUGUUGGUACCAAUUUUGUGGCUGGUUACCAUUUGUGUCAACUUGCACACCCACUUUUAAAAGAGUCUGGAUAUGGAAGCAUAGUUUUUACUUCAUCCAUUGCUGGUUUAAGAGCUAUUCCUAUUUUAUCUGUUUAUGCAUCCACAAAAGGAGCGGUGAAUAUAUUCACCAAGAACUUAGCAUUAGAAUGGGCAAAGGAUAAUAUCCGUGCAAAUGCUGUUGCACCUGGACCUGUCAAGACUGAACUCUUGGGAUCAAUAAUGGAUGCUUCUGAAGGAGGUGGAGCUGUAGAUGGUAUAGUGUCUCAAACUCCUAUGAAUCGCAUGGGAGAGACUAGAGAGAUAUCAUCCUUAGUUGCUUUUCUUUGUCUUCCAGCUGCAUCAUACAUUACUGGACAAGUCAUUGCUAUUGAUGGAGGUUUCACUGCUUAGAUCAAUGCUAUUGAUAUAUUUUGGCAAACAAAAGACGUACGGGCUUCAAAUUCCCUAGACCAAUAAAUGUAAUAAUUUUUCCAAAUUUCUUAAUUUUUAAGAAUCUUGCUUGCAUUAUACUGUUUGUUGACCUCCAUUGCCAUUUACCUUUAAUUAGAUUU